AUGUCAUCGAAUUCAACGGUCAUUUCAAACACAGCUUCAAAGUUGGAGCCACAGUUGACGAGAUGCGAUGAGACGAAUACGAGUGCUAUUAGACGUCUUGGACAUGCAAUCGAACAAAAAUUAAUCAAAGGGUUCACGCCAGCUUAUUUUGUGACCAUCAUGGGUACUGGGGUGUCGAGUGGUAUCUUGUACAAUUUCCCUUACCCUGCGAGAUGGCUCGAGAUUUGUGGGUACAUAAUGUUUGGCAUCGCAGUGAUGUUUUUUAUUCUGUCGGUUAUAUGUUUUGUGGUGUCGAUGUUACGGUAUCCAGAGAAGUUCAAAGCUUAUCACAGUGAUCCGGCCGUUGCUCCGUACAUGGGGUGUUUGCCCAUGGGUUACAAUACGUUGGUAAAUUUUCUAUAUUACAUCACGGGAACGGGAUGGAUCAUUGGAAUCUGGGUCUUGUGGUGGAUCUCAGUGAUUCUAUCGUUGUACACGGCAUGCGUGGUGUUCUACUGUGCAUUUCUCGCCAAACGAAAAUCGGGUGCCAAUUACUUAGAUCCAAAAGAAUUGCAUGCCACCUUGUUGUUGCCCAUCGUCACCCUUACGGUCGCUGCGCUGUCCGGUAACACAUUUGCUUUAGACUUGCCGUCAGUCGACUUGCAAGUCACCACAAUGAUUGUGAGUUACAUCUUGUGGUCCAACGCCAUCUCAUUGGCCGUCAUUAUCAUAUCCGUAUAUUAUUGGAAGUUGUUUGUAUAUAAAAUACCUCCUACAAAGCUUGUAUUCACAAGCUUUUUGCCCAUCGGUGUUCUCGGCCAGGGUGCAUUCUGCAUUAUGUUAUUUGGCAAUAACGUGUAUAACUUAAUUGUCGAACACCAUAGCACGAUUUUAUCGUCUCAUUAUUUACAUUUCCCAGGGGAUCUUGAUUUUUCUUCCGUUAACUCAUUAGCGGUUGGAAUUUCGGUUGGCCAAGUAGUGUUGAUUGUAUCAGCGAUGAUGUGUUUGUUUCUCAUCUCCUUUGGAUACUUCAGCACAUAUAUCGCUGCCGUAUCGUGUAUUUCAAAAACACUGCCCUUCACCAAGAACUACAAUAUGGAUUGCGCCUACAAUCCAUCGAACCUGAAUUCUUUCAAAAAAUUACUUACAGGGUUUAUUGCAUUCAACAGAACCUAUUGGGCAAUGACUUUCCCUCUAGGCACCAUGGUUCUAUCAAAUAAUGAAUUAUCAAAGUCUUUCGGUGGUUUAAGAGCUUUCCGAGUCAUGGCCACCUUAUAUGCUGUGGCAUUGUUAAUUAUAACAAUUGGUUGUAUUUGUGGAGUACUUUAUAAGAUUGUAUGUUUUGCAAAAUAUACCCUCUACGGUACAUGCUACGAAAAAAUCUAA